AUGACUGAGCCAGCAAAAUUCAAAAUUGUCUUAGGAGAUAGUAAUUCAUUGAAAUUGACGCUGCCCUCUGGAAUACCCAAAUCUAUUGAAGAGUUUAAAUUUGAGAUUAGGAAACAAUGUGGGGUCACAGGAGAUUUCAGGCUGCAGUAUCUUGAUACUGACUUUGAUGAUUUCUUGAAUCUUACCUCAACUGUGGAUCUCCAGGACAAAGGAACAGUCAAAGUGGUAGCACAUAGUGCAUAUGAUGUCUGUUCUCUUUCUUCUGCGGAUACUGAUAUACGCUCAUCAACUUCAUCUCCGUCACCAUCUUGCCUGUCAGUUUCGCCAACAACGUCUGAUGUUGCUUCUGCCUCAACUUCUGAGCUGUCUUCAUCCACAAAGCUGAGGAGUGAAACCUGGCCAACUAACUUUCUGAUCCCUAAGUUUCCCUAUGAGGUAGAUCUGGAACUGCAGAAAGCCCACGAAGAGUUCUUGAAAGAUGGUACUUCACUUAACAUAGACACAAAGCCUAAACUAAAAUCAGAAAUUCUGAAAUCCUUGGCUGCAGAAGUAGUGAAGUACAAAGUGUACCCUAGGAUUGAAGAAUAUGAAGAGAUUGCAAAAGCCCUGAUUACAAAGCAUCCAUGCCUACAGGAAAAGGGAUCAGUUGGUGGGUUCUAUGGCUGGAAAAUCAGUCUACAGUGGAAGAUGGCAAAUUAUCGGCGUACACUGCGAGCAGCUGGCUGUUCUGAAGUAAAGAUAAAUUCUUUAAAACACAAACAUGGUGAAAAUACAAGUCCAAACCAAGUCAAAAAGCCAAAGAAGGCUGAAGUCAAUUUCUACCCUGAUUAUCCAGCUGGAGAGAACAAACAAAGCCUAGAGGAAGAGCGACUGGCAUUGCUGUCUGAGGUCCAGAAAAGGGACAACCAUCAAAUUAUUAAACACAAAAUGGAGAAAACUUUUGUCUACAGAAGACAUGAAGUGAUUGAAGAGAUGCCCUUCAUUGUUGACUUCAAAAGCAGAUGGCCGGCUCUGUUUUGUGAACAUGAGAUUGCUGCUGAGUUCACUCGAAUCACUACUGUCCCACUAAUUCAAACAUUUAUGUCAAAACUGGAUGGUUACACAAGCAAGCUGGCCAGCAUCUACCAGAGAAAAGGAGGAAUUGCAGGACGUAAAAUUUGGAAACUGAUGGCUACCAUCGACGAGAAUGAUACUAUCUCAACUCGGAGAGCUUGCAUUCUAAGAGCACUUUCUGUGUAUCUUAAUGAAGACUAUGAAAACCUCAUGAAGGAGUAUGCAGACACAGACUUUGAGAAUGCCGAGAGAGACAUGGCCAAUACUGUAAUUGGACUUUACAUCAUCAGACCUGAAGAUGCAGAAGCCUGUGACCCACCAUCGGAUGUUGGACUGAUUGUUGAGGGAGUGAAAGUUCUUCAGAAUAUUGGCGAUGUUACCAAGGCUUGUGCUCUUCUUUUGGGAGUCAUUUACAGCUUGAAUCUCAGUUAUCCUUCAGACCUGAAGUACACUUUUGAGUUUUUCCAGAAAGUGUUGCUGGGACUUGAUGCACAGAAACUGUCACACAAAAUACAGGUUCUCAAGAACAAACUUGUUGGUUGAAUGGGUACGUCUUGAUUUUUCUUUCAUUUGUCCAAUUUUUUAUUUAUUUUUUUUGGGAAGAGCUGUGACUUACAUUGUAUCUGGUUUUAAAAUUAGGGGCCAGUUUUAAUGUCAUCUUUGAUGAUGGCACCAAAAUUUGAAAUGGAGUUUUGCAGCUUUUUAAGGCAUGCUGCCUUACCUGAGCAGAUUGUUUAUUGUUUGUAAGAACUGUGAAGUCGUAAGAACUGAAGUUAAAUUUGUUUGCGGUUGUUUACAAAAAUUAGAGGCCAGUUUCGAUCUUUUCUUUACCAAUGCUUCAAACUAUUUGGAAUAUCAAAAAUUGAGCACUGUAGCAUUUUGUGACAUGCUGCCUGUCUUGAACAAACUUUCCUUU